AGGGCGCCGGCAGUAAGCCGGCGAGCUAGGCGAGGCCAGUGCGUCCGCGCCUGCAGCGCCCUCCGGGCGGGGAGAGGGGCCGCUGGCGUCAGCCCGGGCAGCGGCAUCCGCGCGGUGGCGUCCCUAGGCGCCCCGGACGCCGUCCUCCGGACCUGGACGCUCGCUGCCCCGCCCUCUGCACCCCACUUCUGCCUUUUUUCCCAAUCCUGACUGCCCCUGCCCCGGCCCCCGAGAGCCGGAUUGAGCCCAGGCCCGCGCAGCAGCUGUUGCUCGUGUGGCUGCCUCGCCUCCUGUCUUGGUGUUCUGCCGGGAGCCCCCCAAGGAGCCAGUGCCUGUGGGUUGGGAGAGAGGCGCCGCUCAGCCGGUCCUCCUCCUCCUCCUCUUCCUCCUGCUGCCGCCGCCGGUGCCUGGUCCGUGCGCACCCCGACACCCCCGCCAGCCGGGCCUCGGGGCACAUCUCCAGACUUUGAUUUGGCUGAAAUAACUUAUGCCACAGAGCUGUGCGCAGGCCUGGAAUUGAGAGACACAGGUAAAAGACUCCAAACAGUUUCCUGCCUUUCAAAAACUCCAGGAAACCAUCCCUUCAGACUCCGGAAUUCUACACAUCUCAACAGAGACUUUGCUUGAAUGUUUACAUUUUCUGCUUGCUGUCCUUCAUAGCACUAGAUAGUGUUCACCUUUUGUUAAAACUUCACAAUUAUCAGGAGUUGAGCUUUUUGCUCGGCAAGCCAGCAUGGCGAGGAUGAGCUUUGCUUUAGCAGCUUGCCGAAUGGUGCUGAGCUUGCUAAUGACUUCAUUAACUGGGUCCUGCCUACAAAAUAGUGAGUGUCCGCAGCUCUGUGUAUGUGAAAUUAGGCCCUGGUUUACACCGCAGUCAACAUACAGAGAAGCCACCACCGUUGACUGCAAUGAUCUCCGCUUGACAAGGAUCCCCAGCAACCUUUCUAGUGACACUCAAGUGCUUCUCCUCCAGAGCAAUAACAUCGCCAAGACCGCGGAUGAGCUUCAGCAGCUUUUCAACCUGACUGAGCUAGAUUUCUCCCAAAACAACUUUACAAAUAUUAAGGAGGUAGGGCUGGCAAACCUGACCCAGCUCACUACUCUGCAUUUGGAGGAAAAUCAGAUUACGGAAAUGAAUGAUUAUUGUCUGCAAGAUCUCAGCAACCUUCAAGAACUCUACAUCAACCAUAACCAGAUUAGCACUAUUUCUGCUAACGCUUUUUCAGGCUUAAAGAAUCUUUUAAGGCUCCACCUAAACUCCAACAGAUUGAAAGUGAUUGACAGCCGCUGGUUUGAUUCAACACCCAACCUGGAAAUUCUCAUGAUUGGGGAAAACCCUGUGAUUGGAAUUCUGGAUAUGAACUUCAAACCCCUCUCAAAUUUGAGAAGCUUAGUUUUGGCAGGAAUGUAUCUCACUGAUAUUCCUGGAAAUGCCUUGGUGGGCUUGGAUAGCCUAGAGAGCCUGUCGUUUUAUGAUAACAAACUGCUCAAAGUCCCUCAACUUGCUCUGCAAAAAGUUCCAAAUUUGAAAUUCUUAGACCUCAACAAAAACCCCAUCCACAAAAUCCAGGAAGGGGACUUCAAAAAUAUGCUCCGGUUAAAAGAACUGGGAAUCAACAAUAUGGGGGAACUUGUCUCUGUGGACCGCUACGCCCUGGAUAACCUGCCUGAACUCACAAAGUUAGAAGCCACCAAUAACCCCAAAUUAUCUUACAUCCACCGCUUGGCUUUUCGAAGUGUCCCUGCCCUAGAAAGCUUGAUGUUGAACAACAAUGCCUUGAAUGCCGUUUACCAGAAGACAGUAGAAUCCCUUCCUAAUCUGCGUGAGAUCAGUAUCCACAGCAAUCCCCUGAGGUGUGACUGUGUCAUCCACUGGAUUAAUUCCAACAAGACAAACAUCCGCUUCAUGGAGCCCUUAUCCAUGUUCUGUGCCAUGCCGCCUGAAUAUAGAGGGCAGCAGGUGAAGGAAGUUUUAAUUCAGGAUUCAGGUGAACAGUGCCUCCCAAUGAUAUCUCAUGACACAUUCCCAAAUCAUUUAAACAUGGAUACUGGCACAACAGUUUUCCUAGACUGUCGGGCCAUGGCCGAGCCAGAACCUGAAAUUUACUGGGUCACUCCCCUUGGAAAUAAGAUAACUGUGGAAAUGCUUUCAGAUAAAUACAAACUAAGUAGUGAAGGUACAUUGGAAAUAUCUAACAUACAAACUGAAGACUCAGGAAGAUACACCUGUGUUGCCCAGAAUGUUGAAGGGGCAGACACUCGAGUGGUGACAAUUAAGGUUAAUGGAACCCUUCUGGAUGGUACCCAGCUGCUGAAAAUAUAUGUCAAGCAGACGGAAUCUCAUUCCAUUUUAGUGUCCUGGAAAGUUAAUUCCAAUGUCAUGACGUCAAACUUAAAGUGGUCAUCUGCCACCAUGAAGAUUGACAAUCCCCACAUAACAUAUACGGCCAGGGUCCCGGUAGAUGUUCACGAAUACAACCUAACACACCUGCAGCCUUCCACAGAUUACGAAGUGUGUCUCACAGUGUCCAGUAUUCAUCAGCAGACUCAAAAGUCAUGUGUUAAUGUCACAACCAAAAAUGCCGCCUUCGCGCUGGACAUUUCUGAUCAAGAAACCAGUACAGCCCUUGCUGCAGUUAUGGGGUCCAUGUUUGCCGUCAUUAGCCUUGCAUCCAUUGCUGUGUACAUUGCCAAAAGGUUUAAGAGGAAAAACUACCACCAUUCGUUAAAAAAGUAUAUGCAAAAAACCUCUUCAAUCCCACUAAAUGAGCUGUACCCACCACUCAUUAACCUCUGGGAAGGCGACAGCGAGAAAGACAAAGAUGGUACUGCAGACACCAAGCCAACCCAAGUUGACACAUCCAGAAGCUAUUACAUGUGGUAACUCAGUGGAUAUUUCGCUUCUGGUAGUAAGGAGCACAAAGACGUUUUUGCUUUAUUCUGCAAAAGUAACAAGUUGAAGACUUUUGUAUUUUUGACUUUGCUAGUUUGUGGCAGAGUGGAGAGGAUGGGUGGAUAUUUCAAGUUUUUUUAGUAUAGCGUAUCGCAAGGGUUUGACACAGCUGGCAGCGUCUCUAGGCUUCCAGUUUGUGUUUGGGUUUUAUUCUCAUUAUUAUGAUUAUGAUUAUGAUUUUGUUUUAGUUGUUGUGCUAAACUCAAUAAUGCUGUUCUAACUAAAUGCUAAAUAAAAUGAUUAAUGACAGAUUGGGGUUCCCCUGUGCUUUUACCAGUAGCCAUGACCCCUUCUUCUGAAGCCAUGAGCAGACAGUACCAUGUCCUCCAAAAAGCUAACACACAGUUGUGAAGCAGCAUUGAACUUUUUGUAGCAAUUUGGUCUACAGACUUGUAACUGGAGAAGCUAAGGCUAGACUUGUUACCUUUGCUGAAUGAUGUUAGUUGACUGUACUGUACUGUAAUGUUGUAUCAACUGAAUUGAAUGUUUGCUUUUGAACAACGACUUUUCUUUUCUUUUUUUUUGGUAAUAGUUAAAAGGCUUAGAACAAGCUAACAGGCAAUAGAAAUAUGUAUAUCAGAUUUUUUAAUGUAACUAACUACAUGUUAAUUGUUACCUUGUUCUUUUUAUCUUUAGUAGACACUUUUAAAAGACAAUAAUUUUGUUGUGUUUAACUCACCAACAUGUGGUGUAUAAUGAAGACAGAACUAUAUAAUAAAUUAGUUUUGUUCUGAUUUUUUUAGAACACUUGCAAUAAUGUAUCAUUUAUAGUUCUUGCUAGUUGCAGUGGUGAUAUUUUUCACAUUCCCAAAAACAACCACCAAAAUAAAUUACCUGUAUAGCAUGUUGCUUUUUAAAACUAGGCCCUAAAAAGUUUUGAAUUCUUUUUCUAAGGGAAGAAAUAA